GUGAAACGCUAGAAACAUGCACCAGUUCAGGGUGGUGCUACUAGCGGUGGUGGCGAUAGCCACGUCGCCGCAUGCUGAGGGACAAUUACUAACAGGAACAGGAACAAGUUCAGGAACAAAAGACUGCGGUCAGGCCGACGUCGUAUUCGUGCUAGACGCAUCAGGAAGCGUCGGCGAACCAAACUUCAAAAAGACCCUUGAUUUCGUCAAACAGAUCGUCAAUGAAUUCCAAAUUGCCUCGGACAAGGUCCAGGUGGGGGUGACCACUUUCGCUUCUCGAGUGUCACACCAAUUCCACCUGAACAAAUACAGCUCCAAGGCCGAUGUUGUGGCCGCCAUUGACAAAAUCCCCUACACUCGGGGCGGGACAUACACGGCGGCUGCCAUCGAGUACGCCCGCCAGGACAUGUUCUCGCCGGGUAACGGCAAUAGAGCAGGUGCUCCGGACAUCAUGAUCGUCAUAACGGACGGUGUUUCCAACAACGCCGCCGCCGUUCAGAAAGAGGCUGAUGACGCUCGUAGUGUCGGAAUCAAGAUCUUUGCCAUUGGUGUGGGAUCGAAUGUGAACCAGCAGGAACUGCAGAGCAUUGCCAACGACCCAGAUAGUCAGUACUUGUUCAACGUGGGGAACUUUGAUGCCCUUCAGAACAUCAAGGUGCAGCUGGCUUCCAAGGCUUGCAAUGAUGCUGCGGCCGCUACUACCGGUGGUGUGGCCACCUUCCCUCCUGACACCUGCAAGGACAACGUGGACUGUCCGACCUACGGCAAGGACGUUUGUAAAAAUUUCGAGAAGUGGUCCAAGAAUAACUGCCGACUGUAUUGCGGGCAUUGUACACCAUUGUACAAGGCAACGGCGGCUCCGUGUGUUGAUAAACUGACCAACUGUAACUCUUUCGCAUACGAUACGUGCACCAAGUAUGUAGACUGGUCCAAGGACAAGUGCGCUAAAUACUGCGGUUAUUGCGGUAACGGAGGCACUGGAGUUGGAUACCACGGCAGCUGUUUCUACAAGGGCUAUGAGUACAAACAGGGCGAGAAGUGGGACGACGGGUGUGACUAUGAAUGUACUUGUGAGGACGCCUCCAAAGGACUGUACAAAUGCUAUAACAAAUGUCCUAUCUACUACAACCUCCCCGCCCAGUGCACCCUGGUUCGCGCCAGCGGAGAAUGUUGCUUGAAGCCAGUGUGUAACUGGGCCGCAGGCUCCACCAGCUUCAACGGGCAGGGCAGCGGCGUGGACAGCAACGGAGUCCGCGUGUGUGUGUACAAGAACAAGAACUACUACCACGGGCAGGCGUGGAAGGACGGCUGUGAUUACGAGUGUGGCUGUGUGGACGCCAACACCGGACUGUACAUCUGCCAAAAUCUAUGUCCAAGAUACACCAACCUCCCCGCAAACUGUCGCCUUGAGAAGAAGUCUGGCGAGUGUUGCGACAAGCCAGUCUGUGAGUGGAACACACAAUUAGGGUUUAUCACUGGAACAGGUUCCGUCACCGGAAGUGGAACAGUUAACAAACCUACCCCUCCACCACCAUGUAAGGACGAGAUUCCAAACUGUAAGAGCUAUAGCAAGGAUGUGUGCGAUCAGCCAGCUUACCAGUCCUGGGUGAAGAACAACUGCAUGAAAUACUGUGACAAAUGCAUCAUUUUCCCGACUCCAGGACCAAAUGACCGUUGCUUGUACAAGGGGCAGCUGUUCAAGCAGGGAGAGAGGUGGAGUGACGGCUGUGACACGGAGUGCGUGUGUGAGAACGCUCUGGGUGGUUACUACAGGUGUAUCAACAGGUGCCCGUCCUACGAGAAUCUCCCCUCCCAGUGCAAAGAAGUCCAGGUCCAGGGCAAAUGCUGCAAGGAGGUACAGUGCAGCAGCGGCAACUUCUUCCCGUCCAGCACUAGUGGUGGCUCCCUCGGAGGUGGCUACGAGAUCAUUGUGCCUUCUGGAAGUGGGAAUGUCGGCAUCACCAACCCGUCAGUUGGGCUACAGGGAUGUAUGUACAAGGGCCAGUUCUUCCCAGCUGGACGCAUGUGGACAGAUGGCUGCGACUACAACUGUAUUUGUGAAGAUGGAACAACUGGCAAAUACACCUGCAGGGAAAGAUGCCCUCGCUACCCCAACCUCCCGUCUCAGUGCACAUUGAAGACAGACCCCCAGGAUUCCUGCUGUCAAAUACCCUCAUGUAACUGGCAGGGUAGCUCAGGCUCCGUCACUGGUGGACGUCCUGUGAUUAUUCCUAACUUUGGCCCAGAUGUCACUGGCACAGGUGCGGUGGUUACGCCCAUUGAUAAACCUGGCCCUCCCAACACUGGGGGCAUUCUGCAGCCGGUUAUUAACCCAGCCCCUGGGGUGGUGGUCGGCACGACGGUGGCUCCAGUGACAGAAACCUACUGCUACUACAACGGACAGAGGUACACCCAGGGAGCCAAAUGGCAAGAUGGAUGCACAUACAACUGCGAGUGUCUUGACUCAACAUCUGGAUUCUACAGGUGCACAGAAAUCUGCCAGCGAUACAGCAAUCUCCCUUACUUCUGUACUUUGAAGGAGGAUCCUAACAACAGGUGUUGUAAGAUCCCUGACUGCAAACUGCCAACCUCAGCACCAGGUACGUGUUCGCACACAUGCCCUCGCUACCCCAACCUCCCAUCUCAGUGCACAUUGAAGACAGACCCCCAGGAUUCCUGCUGUCAAAUACCCUCAUGUAACUGGCAGGGUAGCUCAGGCUCCGUCACUGGUGGACGUCCUGUGAUUAUUCCUAACUUUGGCCCAGAUGUCACUGGCACAGGUGCGGUGGUUACGCCCAUUGAUAAACCUGGCCCUCCCAACACUGGGGGCAUUCUGCAGCCGGUUAUUAACCCAGCCCCUGGGGUGGUGGUCGGCACGACGGUGGCUCCAGUGACAGAAACCUACUGCUACUACAAUGGACAGAGGUACACCCAGGGAGCCAAAUGGCAAGAUGGAUGCACAUACAACUGCGAGUGUCUUGACUCAACAUCUGGAUUCUACAGAUGCACAGAAAUCUGCCAGCGAUACAGCAAUCUCCCUUACUUCUGUACUUUGAAGGAGGAUCCUAACAACAGGUGUUGUAAGAUCCCUGACUGCAAACUGCCAACCUCAGCACCAGGCACAGUCAGUGGCGGCGGUAAUGGAGGUAACACAGGGCAAACAGGGGGCGUGGUCACCAACAGACCUACCCAGCCACCCAUACAGGGAGAAUACUGUGUGUAUAAAAAUGGCUACUACACCACGGGACAACAGUGGUAUGAUGGCUGCCAGUACUUGUGUGUCUGUGAAGAUGGUUCCCGAGGAUUCUACAGAUGCAGCAAUAGGUGCCCCACCUACAGAGACUACCCCAGUGCCUGUACCCUGGUGGCUGACCCCAGGGACCCUGCCUGCUGCCAGAAACCACAGUGUAACUUCCAGCCCACUUAUGGACAGAUAACUGGCACCGGUGGCACUAAUGUUCCAGGAGUUGUCAUUCCUGGAAGUCAGACUGGAGGAACAUCUGUGGUCAUCCCAACUGCUGUUCCUGGAAUAAUCACUGGAACUGGGAACCCAGUUGUCCCUGGAGGACCCACACCUGCACCAGGGUCCAGACCUAACUACUGCAUCUACAAGGGAAGACAAUAUAGCAAAGGGGCAAAAUGGCAAGAUGGCUGUGACUACAGCUGUGAAUGCUUGGAUGACACAACUGGGAACUAUAGGUGCACAGACAGGUGCCCAACAUUCCAAGCACUACCAGCUCAGUGUCGCCUGAUCCCUGAUCCCAACGAUGCUUGCUGUCAGAAACCAAAGUGUGACUUUACUGGCACCACGGGUGUCAACACUGGCCAAGGCACCAUUACAGGCACCAACCCAGGCACCAUCACUGGCACCAACCCUGGCACCAUCACUGGUACCAACCCUGGCACCAUCACCGGCACCAAUCCAGGCACCAUCACUGGCACCAAUCCAGGGACCAUCACCGGCACCAAUCCAGGCACCAUUACAGGGACCAAUCCAGGCACCAUCACAGGCACCAAUCCAGGCACCAAUCCAGGAGGUAUCACAGGUGGUGGUACUAAUCCAGUUGUGAAUCCCAACCCAUCCCAACAAGUGUACUAUUGCGUGUAUAACAAUGCUCGUUACACCCAGAACCAGAGAUGGACUGAUGGUUGUGAUAAGAACUGCCGCUGUGAAGACGCCAUUAGAGGCUAUUGGGUCUGUGACGAAAGAUGCCCCAAAUACCCGAACGUCCCCAGCUACUGUACCAUGGUUACGGACCCCCAGGAUUCUUGUUGUAUGAUCCCACAAUGCAACUUCCCAGGAACCACUGGAACCAUCACAGGAACAGGGACAGGACAGCCGAUUGUGCCAACUGCCAUUCCUGGCGUAAUUACUGGAAUUGGACGUCCAAACCCAACACCAAACCCCAAUCCUAAUCCAAAUCCAAACCCCAAUCCAAAUGCCACACCAAAUCCCAAUGCUACACCAAACCCCAAUCCAAACCCCAAUGCUACACCAAACCCCAAUCCAAACCCCAAUCCAAAUGCCACACCAAACCCCAAUCCAAAUCCCAAUCCUAAUCCUAAUGUUACACCAAACCCCAAUCCAGUUAUUCCAGUAAGGGAAGAAGUUUGCCUGUACAAUGGACAGAAGUACAAGACUGGGGAGAAGUGGGAGGAUGGCUGUGAUUUCAAUUGUAUCUGUGAGGAUGGAAAGACAGGAAAGUACAAGUGCACGGAAAGAUGUGCUCGAUAUGUCAACCUGCCGAGCUACUGUACCCUCCAGGCCGACCCAGCUGACCCUUGCUGCUCAAAGCCAAAAUGCACCGUCCCCGCUGUUACCAGCCCUCCGAUCACUGGGCAGGGAAGUACCACACCCAAGCCACGCCCUACCUUCCCAACUAGGAAUUACUGUGUGAUGAAUGGCCGUCAGUACUCACAGGGACAGAGGUGGACCAACAACUGCCAAGACUGCGUGUGUGAGAAUGACAUGACUGGCUUCUACAGGUGUUCUGACAGAUGCCCAACAUAUUCCAGUCUUCCAUCUUACUGCAAACUUGUCAAUGAUCCUCUGGAUGUUUGCUGCAAGAAACCACAGUGCUCCUUCCCAACCAUUGAGGGAACAACAAUAGCACCCAACCCCAAUCCUAAUCCUAAUCCAAACGUUACUCCCAAUCCCAACCCUAACCCCAAUCCUAAUGUUACUCCUAAUCCCAACCCUAACCCCAAUCCAAAUGUCACUCCUAAUCCAAAUCCAGUCAUCACACCCAUUGGUCCAGGAACUAUCACUGGCAUUGGGAAACCAGUCACAGGGAGAAAUCUGUGUGAAUACAAAGGCCGCACAUACACUCAAGGUCAAAGAUGGCAGGAUGGCUGUGAUUACACUUGCAUUUGCGUAGAUGGCACCACUGGCAACUACCAGUGCACAGAAAUUUGCCCAUCCUAUCCUGCCUUGCCCCAGGGCUGUGUCUGGGUGAGAGAUGAGAACAACGCCUGCUGUAGAAAGCCUCUGUGUGGAGUCACUAACCCAGUCACUGGACAGAACACCCGCCCAGUGACUCAGGGCACCACUGUCAAUCCUAACCCCAACCCCAGCGUGGGCCCCAACCCCAACCCCAGCGUGGGCCCCAACCCCAACCCCAGCGUGGGCCCUAAUCCCAACCCCAGUGUGGGUCCCAACCCUAGUGUGGGUCCCAACCCAG